GCAAAGAUGCAUCCGGCACUGUGGUGUAUCGCCGUCGGAGGAGGUUUACUUCUCCUAGCGGCGGCCAUGAAGCUCGUUCCCACCCGGUAUAAGAAGCUCAUCGGGAAGCUUGGCGCGAAACGCGUUGCUGUCUUGGUUGCCGGCGAUGUCGGACAUAGUCCACGGAUGGCAAAUCAUGCGCUAUCAUUGGCCCACGCUGGGUAUUACGUUGAUCUGAUCGGCUUUGGAGGGUCACAGCCUCACCCGGAUGUGUUGGCGGAGACGAAGAUCAAGAUUCGCAUCGUUGCGUCUGCUCCGUCGUUCCUUAACACAGGAUCAAAGCUCCUGUUUCCUAUUCUUGCUCCGGUUAAGGUCGGUAUUCAGAUUGGGAGUAUCUUCACGAUGCUUUGCUAUGUGAUUGACCCACCCUCGCACAUCUUGGUGCAAAACCCGCCGUCGUUGCCGACUUUGUUGGUUGCCAGGAUCGCAUGUUGGUUAAGGGGAAGUCGGCUAGUCAUCGACUGGCAUAAUUUUGGAUAUACAAUCCUGGGGCUGAAGUUAGGCAAGAACCAUCCUCUUGUGAGGAUCUCAGAGUGGUACGAACGCUUCUUCGGCAAGCUUGCACAUGCGCAUUUUACGGUUACAGACGCCAUGGCGAUCUUCCUCAAAGAGUCAUGGGGCAUCAAGGGCCCGAUGUACCCUCUCCACGACAGACCAGCCGCACAUUUUCAGCCUUUACCAUCUCAGAGUGCACGUCAUGAGUUUUUGAGCCAGAAUACUAAGACGAAGCACUACGACUUCAGUGAUACCCGCUUAUUGAUUUCGUCAACUUCUUGGACUCCUGAUGAGGACUUCUCCAUCCUCCUCGAAGCACUGAAGCGGUACGACGCCUCUCCAAACCCGAAACUUCCGCAAAUCUUGGCGAUUAUCACCGGAAAGGGACCUCAGAAGGCAAUGUACGAACAGAAAAUCAUGGAGAUGAAUCUGAAAUAUGUCAAGAUUCAGACAGUGUGGUUGAAGGCAGAGGACUACCCGAAGUUGUUGGCAGCGGCAGAUCUUGGAGUAUGUCUGCAUAUGAGCUCAAGUGGGUUGGAUUUGCCGAUGAAGGUAGUGGAUAUGUUUGGAUGUGGAGUUCCUGUAUGCGCUAUGGAUUUCAAGGCGUUGCCGGAGCUCGUGAGAGACGGGCAGAAUGGAGUGGUAUUCAAGACGAGUGAGGAGCUGGCAGGACAACUCGAAAGACUGUUUGGAGAUGAGACGGAGCUCGCAAGGUUGCGGAAGGGUGCAGAAGCGGAAGGUAAAACCCGUUGGGAAGAAGAGUGGAACAAAAACGCUGCACCUGUAUUCUUGCAGCACUAG